ACGUAGAGUAGAAUAUAACCAAACAAUGUGCAAUUCUUGCAAUCGCGUAUGCAUUAUCGACAGAUUUCAGGCAAAUGCUUGUUUGUUUUUCAUGUGAAAGAAAUUGUAAAUAAUAACUAAAGAGGGUUUCCCGUGACUCAUACACCGUACUAAGCAACUGCAUCAAGACAUCUAUAUCAAGAUGUCGAUGCCACACAGCAGUUCCAGUACGACAAGUUCUAGUACAAAACGCAAGGAAAUUUACAAAUAUCAAGCACCAUGGCCACUUUACUCCAUGAACUGGUCAGUACGGCCAGACAAAAGAUUCCGCUUAGCCUUAGGCAGCUUUGUGGAAGAAUAUAAUAAUAAGGUGCAAAUCAUAUCACUAGAUGAGGAGACAAGUGAGUUUGGUCCGAAAUCAACGUUUGACCAUCCAUACCCCACCACCAAGAUCAUGUGGAUCCCAGACAGCAAGGGACAAUAUCCAGACCUUCUGGCUACCAGUGGCGACUAUCUCAGAAUAUGGCGCGCAGGAGAACCCUACACCCUCUUCGAGUGUGUCUUGAAUAACAACAAGAACUCAGAUUUCUGCGCCCCACUCACCUCUUUUGAUUGGAAUGAGGUUGAUCCCAACCUCAUUGGGACAAGCAGCAUUGACACCACAUGCACUAUAUGGGGACUGGAGACGGGACAAGUGCUGGGGAGAGUUAAUGAGGUGUCAGGGCAUGUGAAGACACAGUUGAUAGCUCAUGACAAGGAAGUGUACGACAUCGCGUUCAGCCGCGCGGGCGGCGGGCGCGACAUGUUCGCGUCGGUGGGCGCGGACGGGUCCGUGCGCAUGUUCGACCUGCGCCACCUAGAGCACUCCACCAUCAUAUACGAGGACCCGCAGCACACGCCGCUGCUGCGGCUGGCGUGGAACAAGCAGGACCCGAACUACCUGGCCACGGUGGCCAUGGACGCGUGCGAGGUCAUCAUCCUGGAUGUGCGCGUGCCCUGCACGCCCGUUGCGCGCCUCAACAACCACCGCGCCUGCGUCAACGGCAUCGCGUGGGCGCCGCACAGCUCAUGCCACAUCUGCACGGCGGGUGACGACCACCAGGCGCUGAUCUGGGACAUCCAGCAGAUGCCGCGCGCCAUCGAGGACCCGAUCCUCGCCUACACGGCGGCCGAGGGCGAGGUCAACCAGAUCCAGUGGGGCGCCACGCAGCCCGACUGGAUCGCCAUCUGCUACAACCGCCACGCUGAGAUACUGCGCGUCUAGGUCGCCAUUGGUGUCGAGUAAAAUGGAAGACCACCUCUAAUGAUAACAUUUCAGUAGCGUUGCUAUAUUGUCGCUAAUUCUGAGGGUGCUUUGGGUCAUAAUUACUUUAUUCGUUAUGUCCGUCACUGUAGCGGUCAUGGACCGUGUAAGUUCACAUUGAAACGCAGUGCGUUGUCAUCGCUCUUAGUUCUACUACCACGAACUUCGAUGAGGAACAAUUUUAGCUACUCUGUUAUGAGCUAUCUUUAUCCCUUUUUGAGUCAAGUCCCAAGGAGAGUGACAAAAAGGCCAGCAGAAUGUGCGACAGGUAGAGUAAGGCUCCGGACGUGUUUCAUGUGAAUGCAUUCAAAAGCAAUGGUACCUACUUUUUAUAGAAUUUUCAUACAAAAUGUAGGUAUUUCAUACAAAUUUCAUACAAAAUAACCUACACAAUAUGAUUGCUCUCGAAUGUGUGUUCACAUUAGUAGGCACUAGUUCAUUUAUAGUGCAAUCUUGUAAAUAUCAUCGCUCCUGAGGGCUUACCGCCAAAAACGAAAAGCGUGAUUUCUUUAUCCAUCUCUAUUACUAGACUAUGCAAGAGCGAUAGAGGUAAAUAGCGAAAUUUAGAUUUUCGUUUUUCGCGGUAGGCCCCCUGUUUCCGAGGUUCAUCAUUAUCAAGUCUGUUUCCUUGUUGUAUAUUAAGGUAUGAUGAUUUUAUAAUUAUUUUAUAUCAUUAGCGGCACGACAAAGCAAUUACAAAAUUGUGUUUCGUCUAUUUGUAAAACUUACGGAUGUUAGAUUAGUUUAAUAUACAUAUACAAUACCAAAGAUUCAAUUAAUCUUUGGUAUUUAUAUUUAUAUUAUUUAUACUUUAAAUGUGGAAUGGAAUAUUUUGUUCCAUAAAAAAGAAAAAGGGAUCCCAACAGCGGAAUGUAUAAGGAAUGUGAACUAGUAGAAAUGUAACAACCACCAAGAUCUAAGUAGUAGUUGUAAAAUUAACCGCGUUUUUCACUAAUGUAUUUAUUUUGACGUAAACUCGGAAAGGAGCGAAGGUCUGAUACCUAUAGACAAGACUUGCUAUCAAUAUUGACUGUAAAUGUUUAAAUAAUAAGGUGAGAUAAUAAUUCGGUCUCAAUCGUAUAAAUGACAGUAUGCAUUUAAAUUUAAUUUAAAUAAGAUCCCAACCUUGAACCAAAUGAAUUCCAAAAUUGUAGGAUUGUUGCGUCAGUGCGUGUCUAAAGAUACAAUUUUUCUAGACAUUACUUACUUCAAAAAACGCUAUAAAAUAGUACCUACAAAAUAUAGUUGGAUUCGUCCAUCGGCAUUUGUGUAAGAAAUAUGACUCCCAAACGAACACGAGGUUAUGUGUUAUAGAGUUUUUUAAAGUUGAUAAAAUUUUCCAUAAUGAAACAAAUAUGACUGUUUAUAAAUAGCGAUUUUUAUUUACUUAGUCGUAAAUAUCGCUAUAUGUAAAAAAACUUUUGUUAAGGGUUUUUGUAAAAUGUGAUUAUUUUUAUAGAUUGCCUGAGACGAUGUACGCUAGCAGCAAUGCCUAUUAAAUUGCAGUGGAGUUAACAUUAUUACAGGCAAUCUAUGUCUAGCUGGAUAUUAGUAAAUUAUCCACUUUAUACGCUAGAGUGAGUAAAUUAAUAAUAAUCAGAAGGAUUGUAUUAUUUAUAUUCAAAUAGUUUUAAGAUUUCUUACAUGUUAAAUAAAUUAUUUGAUAGUAAA